UUCAGUGUCCUUGUAUCAUGUGACCUAUUUAAAAAUACAUUAAACACCACGUGAGAAUUUUAUUCAUUUAGUUACAAACAGUUUGUAAAAACAUUUUUAUCAAGAAACAUUUGCCAAUUUACACAAUGAAAGUAAUAUUCGAAAUUUUAAUCGUUUCCGCGAUUUUUCAGGUGAUAAUAGGUUUGGAUCAGGAUGAGAUAAACGAAAUCGAAGAUGUUAUACCCGGUAAAGCGGGAGAAGAUUAUCCGUUAAAUAUCGAUUUUCCCAAGACGGAUUUUCGUUGUUCUAAUUAUAAUUAUUCUGGAUUUUUUGCUGAUCCGGAACUUGGUUGUCAGGGCUAUCACAUAUGUUUCCCUGACGGACGUAAUGCAAGCUUCCUUUGUGUCAACGGAACGGUCUUCAAUCAGCGAUACUUUGUCUGCGAUUGGUGGUUUCACUUCGACUGUUCAGUCGCUCCACUUCUCUAUCCACUAAAUAUGGUUAACAGGCCACCAUUGCCAAAUUUACCGCGCAUAAUUAAAAAGUUUCUAAGACCUAGAAAGAGGGUUACUACACCGAAACCUCGUCCAUUAGCUGUUCGUCAAGCUUCUGAUUGCUAUUGUCCUUGCCUCAACGAAACUUCGACACUGGAUUAAUUAUAUUUAUGUGUGUUCAAAUAUAUCUUCAUGAUGUAGGCUAUAUGUUUGUAUGGUUUAAU